CGACCAUGAGAAGAUGAAACAAUCAACGUUGGAUAAACAUAAUCCAACUAAGCAGAAAUUGAAGGAGAUUGCUUGGGAUAAAUUUGCCGAGUGGGGAUAUGAGGUUGGGUUAGCUUUUAAUGCCGUUAGAACACCAAGCUUUCAGGCCUUUAUUCAUGCAGUUGGAGAUUACGGAAGAGGUAUGCCAGCACCCAGCUAUCAUCAAUACCGCCAUACUCUGUUAAACAAGCAGCUUGUCAAAACAAAAGAAUUUGUUGAAUCAUUCAGAGCACACUGGAAGACAUAUGGAUGCUCUAUUAUGUCAGAUUUUUGGACAGAUGGUAAAGGAAGGGCAUUGA